GAUCCGUGACAAGAUUGGACGCGUCGUGGCUAAGGCUGAAGCGAUGCUCGGUCUGUUCGCCCUCACGCCAUCCCUCCCGGUCCCGCUCGACGUCGCAGCCCAGCCGCCCGCCCGCCGAGAGCUCCACGCCACCUUCGAGCGAAUGACGACGACCGGCUUCACGCCGUACUUCAACUACGACGGCAACCUUCUGGUGAGCGGAGCCGUAACGCUCGAGUCCGAGUCGACGAAGAACGACACUCAGACAUUCUCAUACUCGCUGGCGGGCGUUGACCCGCGCUGCCUCAACGGCGCGGGCAAGGCGGCAAACUCGUGUGGCAUCCACAUUCACAAAGGCAAGUCGUGCGCCGCCGACGCUCUUGGCCACUACUUUGGUGAAACCAUCGCCGCCGACCCGUGGGGCGCGGUGGCUUACACGUCAUCGACUCCCGCCAACGACACCUCUGGCACCUUCACCGUCGUCAACGGCCUCUGUUCGCACGCAAUUAAGGGUACAGUCUUCGUCGCCCAUGACUUUUAUGGCCGCCGCAUCGCCUGCUCCUUGAUCGGUGUUGAUGAGGUGGCUGAGGCGGAGGAGAUGGAGCCGCCGCCGGCACAGCAAUGGCCGGUCGCACCCGACGAGAAGACCGCCGAAUUCCGGCGCGGCAUGCCAGGCUGGCAGCAGAUGAUGUAUAGCGGGCGGCGGCCGGUCGGAGUGCAGCCGAUGUACCAGGGGCGGCCCGUGUACUACCAGCAGCAGACCUACCAGCCUCAGCAGCAGCAGAUCCACCGGCAGCAGGUGUACCAGCAGCAGCAGCAACCCAUGUACUACAUCCAGCCAACCUACACACAGUCGCAGCCCAUGAUGGCCUACGCUUCGGCGCAGACGGCUCCAGCGCAGCAGAUGUAUGCGCAGCCUCAGCAGAUGGCGCAGGCCUCGGGCUUCAACGGUGUCGGCCAGGCCGGUGUGUUCCCGUCCGAUCCGCCGCCCGAGGCGGAGCACAGCCACGGCCACCCGAUGCAGCACGCCGCCAUGGCUGUCCUCGGCCUGUCCGGGGGGCUGCCGACCUGGCACAUCGGCCGGGUGAUGCAGUCCUGCAACGCGGUGUGCGCGGACCAGGGCAAGGCCUGCGACGAGGUGGCGCUCAACGACGGAACCGCGGAUGAGAGCAAGGAGGUGGAGGCGAUCGCGCUGCGGCUCGGCCAGGCCUGCGCCUUCACCGUGACCGAGGCGGAGGACUUUGGUCCGGCCAUCUGCUCGCAUGAAGGCGACUGCGUGUACGCGCUGCCCGCGCCGCCGAGGCAGCGCCUCUGCAGCACGUCCUCCUCUCACUACCAGCGCAUCUGCCCGUGCCAUUAGCCCACUGUGUUUCUCUUCUUCGUAUUCUGCGUGUGUAGUAGUAUUGUAUCGUUUACGGUAGAGAUGGAAUAUACUUGUGCAUGCGACGGAUGUGUGGUGCGUCCCACGAUCCAUCUGCUGGGGUCUCAGUUUGACUGAGUGUGUUGUCUUUACUGUACUCUUUACUUAUAUCUUUGUGCAUGCGAA